AGUGAGAGGGAUAAGGGGAAUGGCAGUAGCCCGGAGCCAGACUUCCUAGAUUGCCGUGCCGUGCACUUGUUGAGUUUGUUGGUGCUAUGCCUGAGGCUGACCUGGUCUCUUAGUCCAUAGCCAUAUAUAGUGUGAAUAUCUUUUAUGUUUCUUGUUUUUGGCUUGACCCGAACAGGCAAUGUAAGUCAAUAUUUGAAGCAUUGAGCCUUUCCCGCAAAGCCAAGGAGGUAAAUGUUUUCGAGCGCACUCCGACGUGUCCGAAGCUACUCCGACAUAUUUGCUGGCUGGAUUAUACUGCAUUUCUAAGAGACGUGUACAGCUCUGUCUGCGAGUCUGACCGGGUGAGACUGCAGUACUGUCUGCUUGGAGGAGAAUGCAACAUUUGGGCUACACACACACACACAUUCAUACUCUGCCAUACGCUCAGAGGAUGGCCACUGCUGUGUUUCAGGUAUCAUCCUCCUGUGUUCCUGUUACCAACUAUGAACUGGCUCCCAGCAAUGACAUCACUCUGAAGCAUGUAGAGACAACAGGCUCAACCAAAUCCUCCAAGAGCAUGGAGUCUCGACGCAGACCAUCCAGGAGCUUGAGUUUGAUCCAGGCCAUGGAGGAGAACUAUGAGGUGGACCUGGUCUACAUCACAGAACGGAUCAUCUCUGUUUCCUUCCCCAGUACAGUAGAGGAACAAAGCUACAUUGCAAACAUAAAGGAGGUGGCCACCAUGCUACGCUCCAAACAUGGAGACAACUACUUGCUCUUUAACCUCAGCGAAAAGCGAUAUGAUAUCUCCAAGCUGAAUCCCAAAGUUCUGGAUUUUGGCUGGCCAGACCAUCAUGCUCCAGCCUUGGAUAAGAUCUGCAGUAUCUGCAAAGCCAUGGACACAUGGAUGAGUGCUGACAGUCACAAUGUGGUAGUCCUGCACAAUAAGGGAAACCGAGGGCGAACAGGGGUGGUUGUAGCGGCGUACAUGCACUACAGCAACAUAUCAGCGAGUGCGGAUCAGGCUCUGGACAGGUUUGCCAUGAAGAGGUUUUAUGAAGAUAAAGUGCUUCCUGUGGGUCAACCCUCCCAGAGAAGGUAUGUACAGUACUUCAGUGGUCUGCUGUCCGGCCACAUCAAAAUCAACAACAAGCCCUUGUUUCUUCACCACGUCAUUAUGCAUGGGAUCCCCAACUUUGAGUCCAAAGGAGGUUGCCGCCCUUUCCUGAAGAUCUACCAGGCCAUGCAGCCCGUCUACACAUCUGGAAUCUAUAAUGUCCAGGGAGACAGUCAAACCAGUAUCUGCAUCACCAUUGAACCUGGACUGCUGCUUAAGGGAGACAUACUGCUCAAGUGUUAUCACAAACGGUUCCGGAACCCGUCCCGUGAUGUCAUAUUCCGAGUCCAGUUUCACACCUGUGCUGUUCAUGACCUGGGCAUUGUCUUCGGCAAAGAUGAGCUCGACGAAACCUUUAAAGAUGACAGAUUUCCUGAAUAUGGGAAGGUGGAAUUUGUCUUUUCAUUUGGCCCAGAAAAAAUCCAGGGAAUGGACCACCUUGAAAACGGACCCAGCGUUUCUGUGGACUACAACACCCAGGACCCUCUGAUUCGCUGGGAUUCAUACGAGACCUUCAACCAGCGUUGUGAAGACUCCAUGGAAGAUGUAAUUCACACACAAGGUCCAUUGGAUGGUAGUCUCUAUGCUAAGGUUCGGAAGAAAGAGUCUCUGGAUGAAGAAGUUACAACCAGUGGUCUCCCAGCCCCUGUUGAUCACUCUUUACCCGCUGUAGACCACACCUUACCCCCGGUUGACCAUGCUUUAUCUGUAAGUAGUGACUCUGGCAACUCAACUGCUUCCAUCAAGACCGACCGCACAGAUGAAGUUAGUCAGCAUCUGGCCUUGUUGAGUCAGACAUCAUCCCAGCCCCUCAGCCCAGAGGAAAAACAAGAGCUGGAACAGUUGCUCAGUGGAUUGGAAGCCCCCAUGCAUCGGACAGGUUAUCCGAGUGGCUCUAGCAGUGGAGGAGUAGGUGGAGUCUUACACCUCGUCCCCGCCCAGGUCCACGUCAAUGGCCAUAACAGCAUAGACAGAGAGACGGACAUCCUUGAUGAUGACCUCCCCAUCAGUCAAGAGGGGAACAGUGUGGACAGUCUUGGAACGUUGUCAUCUUUCGAGGGCCAAGCAACUCCAGCGGACUUGUACUAUCAGUCCGAGACGGUCAUUAAUGGGCAAGAUGUUCCCUACUUGGAGAAGAGUGCCCACGAGCACAAAGUCCUCAGCUCUGCUUCUGUCCAGGGUCACUUAGGUGCCUCUAGCGGCUACACAAACCAGAACGGCAGCAUUUACCGAUCACAGUCAUUUGGGGCAACUCCUAGCACUGAGCAGAAGUUCAUGCCCAAAGCUCCCACACGCACCACCAGUAGUAGGGAAGCUGUACAGCGAGGAUUGAAUGUUUGGCAGCAAUAUGGUGUCCCAGAAGUUCCAGUUACAGAAGGGGUCAACUUCAGUCCUGUACUGCAAACAACACACAGCCUACCUGAGUUUCCUCACAUGGCAUCUCGUCAAGAGAUUGAGCAAUCUAUUGAAGCCCUCAACAUGCUGAUGUUGGAUCUUGACCCAGCACUUACCCAAGUGCACAAAUCCCACAGUGCACCAUCUGGAGAACAUAAUGUGGUCACCACUCAACCGUCUUUCUCUCAAACCCAGGCACGGCCAUCCUACCAGGCAGAUGUAGCUGUUAAUGACUGGGGAGGAGCCUCUUCAGCAGGCUAUCCUCUAGUCUAUCAGCAGAUCUCAUCUGUAGCCCCAGAGCCUCCACAACAAACCAUCAACCAGCAGAGACCCACAGCUAUAUCCCAGCAUGGUGCUUUGCAGUCUGAGGCUGAGGGUCAUGUCCCUGCUACUCUGCCCCAGUCCAUGGUGCCUUCCUCCACCUUUGGAUUUCUACAGCUGAAACCCCUAAACAUCUACCCCUCCAGUAUCAGCUCAUACUCCCCAGAGCCACAGGAGAGCCAGCAUAACUACUCUGCCUCCUCAUCGCCUCUGCCCAAAGAUACUGAACCAGAAGAUGCCAAAUACAAAUUGGAGGGUCUGGUAGCUCAUCGUGUAGCUGGAGUUCAGUCUGGUGAAAUUUCACCACAUGAGGGCUCAGCACCUGGAUGGCGCCGGACCACCAGCGAGAGCCUGUCCCAAGACGAGAGCCCAACGCGAGGAAGCUCAGUCCGCUCCCCCAUUCGAUGCAUCUCACCUGAGCUGGCCAAUACAAUUGCUCUAAAUCCUGGGGGGCGGCCCAAGGAGAGACAUAUGCACAGCUACAGAGAAGCGUUUGAGGAACUGGAUGGGGGUCCCAACAGCCCCCCUCCGACUGUCGGUGGUGAGGCCCUACCCCAAACCCCUGCCUUCCCUGUCUCGCCACAAACCCCUUACUUCAACAUGUGUCGAUCUCCUCCGGGAUUGGCGAAAACUCCUCUGUCCUUCCUCGGCCUGAAGCCCCACAACCCUGCUGAGAUACAUCUGAACCAGACGGGCUCAGAGCCUCGUAGCUAUGUGGAGUCAGUGGCUAAAGCCGCAUCAGUGGCAGGAGGGCCACCAGCUUCGCGCGUGUCCCCAGCAUAUGACAGCGACAUCUUAGCUCCCUCUGCUGGACUGCCUCACACCCUCAACACUCCUCUUUCCUCCAGCAGCCCCAUACAGGGCCUAGAUGCAGUUGAAAGCAUGCUGGCUGAUAGUGGCGUGGGGAUUAAUUAUUUGUCUCAGGCUGCUGCCGACUCCGUAUUUCACUCCCAGCCCUCUGAAAGCACAUACCGAAUGCCCACACCCUCCUACCCCACAUCUAGCAGCAUGUUGGGUAGCUACAUCACUCCCGAUCUUAGACCUUCCCUGCCUGAAACCAUACAAAACAAUACCGCAACAACCAUUCAGCCAAUCACUGGGAGCCCUGGCAUGAGACACCAAAAUGUCCUGCCCGAUGUGGCAUCCAGUCAUGGCAUUCAGCACAAAAUAGCCAAUCAAGAGAGCCCUAUUUUGGUCCGACAGCCAAUCCCAUCUAACGGCCACCCUCCAGGGCUGGCUGGUAGUCCCAUGCAUGGGAGACACACUAUGGUGUCCCAAGGAACACAGAGCAGUCCGAUGCUUUCCAGACAAUACCAAGGCUCUCACAAUAGUCCGAUUCUCAGCCGACAGCCAAUAGGACAACAAGCUGUCCAAAGCAGUCCAGUCCUCAACCGUCAACCGUCCUUGAAUCAGCCGGUCAUUCUGCCCAACCAAAGCAGCCCGGUUUUGAGUAGACAACCAUCCGUUACACAACCCAAUCAGGGCAGCCCCAUCCUGAGCAGGCACUCCUCCUUAACACAUCCUAGUCAGGGCAGCCCAGUUAUGGGGGGGCACCCAUCGAUAACACAUGUGACCCCGGGAAGCCCCAGUCUGGACAGGCACCCAAUGUACAGUGGCUACACCACUCCAGACGAGAGGCACGGAGCCCUGUCGCGCCAGAGCAGCUCCUCCGGGUAUCAACCACCCUCCACACCAUCUUUCCCUGUUUCUCCAGCCAGUUACAUAGAUGAAGUGGGUUUCAGACAGGGCAGUCCUGCCCUGCAACCUCAGCUUCCAGAGAAGAGAUGCAUGUCCGGUGGCGAACGCUCCAAUGGUGGUGGCCUGUCCUACGGAACGCUCAAUGGGAAGAUGUCCUCACCGAUGUCCAGUGGUGGUAGCACUCCAAGCGUCCAUUUCUUUAACACCCUGCCUGAUUUUUCCAAACUCAACAUGUGCGAUGGAAGUCCGGAGACAAGGAUGAAUGUAAAGUUUGUGCAGGACACGUCCAAAUUGUGGUAUAAACCAGAUAUCUCCAGAGAUCAAGCGAUCAAUAUGCUGAAGGAUCAAGAGCCUGGAGCCUUUGUCAUUCGGGACAGUCACUCUUUCAGGGGUGCCUACGGCUUGGCCAUGAAAGUUGCCUCACCGCCUCCAACCUUGCAGCCUACAAAGAAAGCUGGAGAUGUCACUAAUGAGUUGGUGAGACAUUUCCUGAUUGAGACCAGUCCGAAGGGGGUGAGACUGAAGGGCUGCCCAAACGAGCCCUACUUCGGCUGCCUGUCUGCACUGGUCUACCAGCACUCGAUCACUCCACUGGCUCUACCCUGCAAACUCGUCAUACCAACCAGAGAUCCUCUGGAAGGGUCACCUGAGAUUGCAACGCCAACUAACCCGGCAGCAGAGAUGCUUAAACAUGGUGCAGGGCAGAAGAGUUCUACCGACUCCCACGCUUGUAAUGUGCUGUACAUAAACUCUGUGGAUAUGGAGUCUCUAACCGGCCCUCAGGCCAUUGCCAAGGCCAUCUCAGAAACCAUGGCGACUGGCCCGGCACCCACAGCAACAAUUGUUCAUUUCAAGGUGUCGGCACAAGGCAUCACACUCACUGACAGCCAGAGAAAGGUUUUCUUCAGACGUCAUUAUCCAAUCAACACGGUCACAUUUUGUGACAUUGAUCCACAGGAGAGAAAGUGGAGCAAGCCAGAGGGUGGGAAUGCAAAGUUCUUUGGCUUUGUGGCCCGAAAGCAAGGCAGCACGACAGACAACGUCAGUCAUCUCUUCGCUGAGAUGGAUCCUGAUCAACCUGCAACGGCUAUCGUUAACUUCAUCUCUAAAAUUAUGAUCAACUCUCAGAAGCGGUGAACCCUUCACGCAUGCAACGCUGUUUUCUGGAGGACUUUCUUUUCUGUUUGAAUUUAUCUGUUUUCAUUUAUUUCCGAUUGUGUGUUUGGGUGAGCGGCUGUCUGUACGUGCAGGUGUGAAUGCGCGAUGGAGGGUUAUUCGCAAGAGGGACCGAGGAUGUGCAGUGUGGGCGUAGAGGAGUGACGUACAGAGGGGAGGUGGGCUUCAUCUCGCAUUGAGGGGAUUGUGGAAAUUAUGUCCGUGAAUGUGUUUCUGUUUUGUUUGUUUUUUUUAAGAAAAAAGGAAAAGGAUUAAGUAAAAAAAAAAGAAGGUUAUAGAGGAGGCAAAAAUUAGACUUUGGGGCUGAUGUACCAAAGAUGAGAGAGCAGUCAGUCGUUAUUCAAGGUAUUAUUUCGGCCAAACUGUACAUACGAACUGAUGCUUACUACUUUCCCUUAUUUAAAUGGCUCCUAUUUUCUCAUGCUGGUAGUUCUCGACCGUUUAGUGCUCUCUGGAUAAAUUCAAAACAUUUUGGGGAUUAUAAAGGUCCCUCAAACAUAACUAAAUAGACCUGAUUUAAAAAAGGAAAAACUGACUUUUAGACCUUAUUCCUGGUCUCCACCUGCUAGUUUCCUGUCUCAAUGCGGCCUUGAACUAUAUCUAUUGUCCACUGCUACGCUCUCUUCUCUUCAGGUCAGCACAUGUAUUAUUCUUUAUCUGGCAAAACAAGUGUGAAUCUAUCAAUGUAUGUCUCUAUGCCUCGAUUAAAACACAGUCACACUGUCAUUCUAGCCCAAAGUAAGCUAAGUAUAUGUAUAAAAAAAAAAGAAAAAAAAAAGUGAUUUUACAGAAUAUUUAUUGUAUUAUUAUGUUUUUGCUACAUUUUUGCUCUCAUGUUAACUCAUUUACCCAUGGAUAUAUUGUAUAGGCUACAUAAACAUUAGCCAUUGAAAAGAAAUGCUCUUUAUUUUGGCUAAUAUUUCAAAAUCACAGGAUUUUAAGGAGCAUUCUAUUAUAUAUGGUGUAAAGUGUAUGUAUUUUGUGAAGCUUGUCAUUAUCAAAUAUUUUCUCACAUUGUUUUUCUUCAAAUUUAAAUCGAAAGUAGAAUUCACUGUCAUUUAAGAGGCUUUGUGUAAAGAAAAGUAAGGAAAUGUCUUUAUUUUUAUAUUAUUAUUAUUUUUGUGUCCUUUCCCUCCCAGUAUUCAGUCCAUGCGGAAACCCACCCGCAUUUUUGGCGCGCAUUCUCUUGCAGCGGAUCUCUCAGGCAGAGUUCAGUAUUUUGUUUUAUACUCCCAUCAUGCGGCGCUGUCAGGUAUUGCAAGCCAUAUAGUCAUCUAUGCAUCCUUUCCAACUCUCUUUGUCAGUAUCAGAACUCUUCUGAGCCCUUUUGAAACUUGUAUGAAAAAAAACAAAAAAACAAUUAUGAUAAUGCAGUGUUUUAACUGUGAUUUCACAAGAAAGUGCCCAGCGAUUAUUUAGUUUGAUGAACAGAAUGUCCGUGCAACCCUGCAAACUGUUUGACACAUAAACCACGAUGUCCAUCUCUUCAGACAUCAAAAAAGAGUCUUGCUUAUGUAAAUACUUAAUUUUUGCCAAAGAUUUUAUUUCACUUUUUAUGCCUUUGUUUGAGAAUUGAUCACUGUCUUGUCGGUAUGUGAACGAUGGCUUGUUGUUUUUGGCAUGGUGGUCUAUUUUGAUCCAAUGCAGAUACUGUAUAACGUAUUUAGACUGUGUUUGGUUGCCAUGAUACCAUUUAUUUAGCCUUAAGAACGAUUACAAAAGAAUGCAAAGCACUUAAUGAUCAGGAGCUGAAAAAAAUAACAGAACUAAUAAAUACGACUGCCUCAGUUAUCCUAACAGUAUGAUGAGGCCCAGAUGGAAUCUGUGGACUUGUUUUUUUUUUCUUCUUCUCAUCUUCUGCACAGAUUUGAACAGAAAAUCCAUCAAAAAUGUCAAAUGUGUUAUGUAGGGUUCCCACCAAUUUUUUGAUGGUUAGGCCUGGAAAACUUUAAGGGGAAAAAAAUCUUUAAAAUAAAGCCAGAAAAUUAAGAAACAUUCUGUUAAAGUUUGGCUCAGCUUUAAAAAUAUAGUCAUAAUUUCUUAUUUUUUUUUUACAUGCAGUAAUCAUGAAUGCAUGGAAAGUCAUGAAAAUGUACUGUUCAAAAUAUGUUGGACACUUACACUCUUAUUGUUAGCUGAAAGCUUUAUCAAAUUAAACAGAAACAUUCAAAAUGAGAAUGCAAGGAGCAAAGUAUUUUAUGGCCACAUCCCCAUUUUUCUAACAUCACCGUUUUCCAAAGUUUGCAGUAAUGGAGAGUAUUUUCGGUUAGGUAAAACACUAUUCCACUGUGGAUGAGAUGCAUAAAUGUUGCAAAAUCAAUGCGUUUUCAAACAAAAACGGAUUAGUGCGGAUGUAGCCUAUGAGCGAUUUUCAGUGGAAUUCUGCAGAUGUAGAUUCUGUGUGGGCCUCAGUAUGAGUAAUUAUGCACACUAGAAUUAGCUUGCUUUGCUUGCCUUCUGGGCAUUUUAUUUGGUGCAUAGGCUUAGAUUAACAAAUCACAUAAUAGUUGUUUUCCAAACCACACAGAAAUGAUGUGUGCCACAUUGUGUGGAGCAUUUUGGCAGUCAGAGAGAGAGAGAGAGAGAGAGAGAGAUCUUCCACCAAAA